ACCCAUCCCUCAUCAGAUGGCGAUAGCCGAUAGCUUUUCCAAUUUUCCAAUGGAAAAAAAUGCUAAAGCCAUUUCAACAAUCCCAUGUGAAUGUGAUUACCAUCACUCACUCCCAAAUCCAAAAGUCCCACAAGACUCACUCACCCAACUCCGCCAACUGUUUUUUUUAUUAUACACCCACUUUGUUCCUCUCCCACUCAACACUAUACUCCUUUACUUUGACUCACAUAUAAACUGUGAAACCCUUACUUAUUAGAUCUCAAAUUCACUAACCCAUUUUUUUUUAAAAAGAAAAAACCUCUCAUGUAAUUUUCAAUCCAUAAUAUCAGUGGCAGUGAGUUCGGGCAUAGGCUAUAAUUGGAGCUUUCCAUUUUUUGAUUUGAUGGCGUCACUCAAGUAACAGAAGAAACCGUUUUUCAAUAUCUCGAUCUCAUAAUCAAUCAUCACCAUCGUCGUCAUCAUCGUAAUCAUCAGCCAUGGAAAAUCACAGUGAUUCUGAAAUAACUCCAUUUUUGAGUUUAUCUGCAGCCAUUUCAUAUGGGAUUGCUUCGAUGGCGAUGGUUUUUAUCAAUAAGGCCAUACUUAUGCAGUAUGCACACUCCAUGACCCUCCUCACUUUGCAGCAAUUGGCAACAGCAAUGCUCAUACACUUUGGUCGAAGAAUGGGAUACACAAAAGCCAAAGCGUUAGAUAUGGCCACGGCCAGAAAGCUUCUCCCCAUUUCACUGUUUUACAAUGCUAAUGUCGCGUUUGCAUUGGCAAGUCUGAAAGGAGUUAAUAUCCCGAUGUACAUUGCGAUAAAGAGACUCACACCCCUAGCUGUACUGAUCGCUGGAUUCUUUUCGGGAAAGGGGAGACCCACAAUACAGGUGUCACUUUCAGUAAUAUUGACUGCUGCUGGAGUUAUCAUAGCUGCUCUAGGAGAUUUUUCGUUUGACCUUUUUGGAUACAGCAUGGCCCUUACUUCUGUUUUUUUCCAGACCAUGUAUUUAGUGUUGGUAGAGAAGUCUGGUGCAGAGGAUGGGCUUUCAUCAAUUGAGAUCAUGUUCUAUAACAGCUUUUUGUCCCUUCCAUUUUUGUUAUUUGUCAUCAUAGCUACAGGAGAGUUUCCAAAUUCUUUAGCACUAUUAUUUGCAAAGAGUAAUUCUUUAUACUUUUUGGUGAUUCUUAUUCUUUCAUUGGUGAUGGGCAUCGUCCUCAACUUCACCAUGUUCUUGUGUACCAUAGUCAACUCUGCUCUAACAACAACAAUAGUUGGAGUCCUUAAAGGAGUUGGGUCCACGACUCUUGGUUUUGUGUUACUGGGUGGUGUGGAAGUUCAUACUUUAAAUGUGACGGGAUUGGUUAUCAACACAGCUGGUGGGGUGUGGUAUUCGUAUGCCAAAUAUCAGCAAAAGAAGAACAAACCACCGAAGUUAAUAUCAGAUCUUGAGGCUCAUAGUAAAUAAAAGCAUUAUUGACUAUUGAAGGAUUGCAGCAUAAACUUUAUGGAGCUGUGCAGAGAUGAAAAAGAUUUAUUAGCUUGGAUACUUUGUUUUCGGUCAUAAUACAGUCAAGAAGGUUGAUCAGAAAAGAGAACUUUAGUUAUCAGUGUUUAUUGUUGUAGAUGAUGGGGUUUGUACCCCACUGCUAUUUCAUGGGAAAUCAAUGUUUAUCAUAGCCAUAAACAAUGUUAAAUUUUUAUCAUCAUGCAACCACAAUACUUUCAUCUUUUGUCCCAUCA